CCUGCUCCACAGCGCCCCCCCGCGGCGCGUCCUGUCAGUGGUGGAAAAUGGCUGCUCGCUGUAGCUCCCAAAAUCACAGAGAAAACUGAAAAGUAUUUCAACACACGAACACACAUCUCUGGACUCGCUUUUUGACAAGGGAAAACGAGUUUCGGGGAAUUUCCGACACCGACCAUGUCUCGCUGGGUGCCCACCAAGAAGGAAAAGUAUGGUGUUGCGAUCUAUAACUACGAUCCCCGAGGAGACGAGGAGCUGCCACUGCAGAUCGGGGACACAGUGCACAUACUGGAGACACAUGAAGGCUGGUACAGAGGUCACAGACUCCGAAGGAAAUCUAAAAAGGGUAUAUUCCCUACGUGUUACAUCCACCUGAAGGAGGCCACGGUGGAGGGCAAUGGCCAAAAGGAAACCAUCAUCCCCACUGAGCUCCCACUGGUCCAGGAAGUCACCACCACGCUGAGGGAGUGGGCUUCUAUAUGGAGGGACCUCUAUGUGGGGGACAAGCGGGAGAUGUUCAACACGGUGCGGGACAUGAUCUACAACCUCAUCGAGUGGCGCUCCCAGAUCCUGUCGGGAACGCUGCCUCAGGACGAACUGACCGAGCUGAAACAGAGGGUCACCUCCAAGAUCGACUACGGCAACAAGUACCUGGAUCUGGACCUGGUGGUCCGGGACAAGGAUGGGAACAUCCUGGACCCUGAGACCACCAGCACCGUCAGCCUCUUCAGGGCCCACGAGGCCGCCUCCAAACAGAUAGAGGACCGCAUCCAGGAGGAGAGGUCCCAGAAGCAGAACAUCGAUCUGAGCCGGCAGGCCAAGUUCGCGUCCACGCCGUCGUUCGCGCUCUUCGUCACGCUGAAGAACGUGGUGUGUAAGAUCGGCGAGGACGCCGAGGUGCUGAUGUCCCUCUACGACCCCAUGGACUCCAAGUUCGUCAGUGAGAACUACCUGGUGAAGUGGUCCAGCUCUGGUCUGGUCAAAGACAUAGACCAGCUUCAUAACCUGCGGGCAGUAUUCACGGACCUGGGCAGUGAGGACCUGAAGAGGGACAGGAUCAGCUUUGUGUGUCAGAUCGUCCGUGUCGGACGCAUGGAGCUCAGGGACAACAACACCAAGAAGCUGACCUCGGGGCUGCGGAGGCCCUUCGGCGUGGCAGUAAUGGAUGUCACAGACAUCAUAACAGGCAAGAUGGACGAUGAGGACAAGCAGCACUUCAUACCCUUCCAGCCGGUGGCGGGGGAGAACGACUUCCUCCAGACCGUCAUCAACAAGGUCAUCGCUGCCAAGGAGGUCAACCACAAGGGCCAAGGCCUGUGGGUGACUCUGAAGCGGCUGCCCGGGGACAUCCACCAGAUCAGGAAGGACUUCCCCCACCUGGUGGACCGCACCACCGCCGUGGCCCGCAAGAUGGGCUUCCCCGAGAUCAUCAUGCCAGGGGACGUGAGGAACGACAUCUACGUCACUCUGGUCCAGGGGGAGUUCGACAAGGGCAGCAAGACCACGCCCAAGAACGUGGAGGUCACCAUGUCGGUGUACGACGAGGACGGCAAGAAGCUGGAGAACGUCAUCUUCCCGGGGGCCGGAGACGAGGGGCUUCACGAGUACAAGUCGGUCAUCUACUACCAGGUCAAGCAGCCGCGCUGGUUUGAAACCAUCAAGGUGGCCAUCCCCAUCGAGGACGUGAACCGCAGCCACCUGCGCUUCACCUUCCGCCACCGCUCCUCCCAGGACUCCAAAGACAAAUCGGAGAAGAUCUUCGCCCUGUCCUUCGUGAAGCUAAUGCGCUACGACGGCACCACGCUCAGGGAUGGCGAGCACGACCUCAUCGUGUACAAGGCGGAGGCCAAGAAACUGGAGGAGCUGUCCCUGUACCUGAACCUGCCCGCCACCAAGCUGGAGCUGGAGGAGAAGGGCUACCUGGCCACGGGCAAGAGCAACCACAACCUGGGCAACUGCACCAUCAGCAAGGACUCCUUCCAGAUCGCCACGCUGGUCUGCUCCACCAAGCUCACCCAGAACGUGGACCUUCUGGGGCUGCUGAAGUGGCGCUCCAACACCAGCCUCCUGCAGCAGAACCUCCGUCAGCUCAUGAAGGUGGAGGGCGGCGAGGUGGUAAAGUUCCUGCAGGACACCCUGGACGCCUUGUUCAACAUCAUGAUGGAGAACUCUGACAGCGACCGGUUCGAUACCCUGGUCUUCGACGCUCUGGUCUUCAUCAUCGGGCUGAUCGCCGACAGGAAGUUCCAGCAUUUCAACCCCGUGCUGGAGACCUACAUACGCAAGCACUUCAGCGCCACGCUCACGUACACGAAGCUGACCAAGGUUCUGAAGAACUACGUGGAGAAUGCAGAGAAGCUGACUGAGCAGCUGCUGAAGGCCAUGAAGGCUCUGGAGUACAUCUUCAAGUUCAUCGUCCGCUCCCGAGUCCUCUUCAACCAGCUGUAUGAGAACAAAGGGGAGGCUGACUUCAUGGAGUCCUUGAGAAACCUCUUCACUUCCUUCAAUGACAUGAUGAGCAGUAACUCUGAGAACACUGGCAUGGUGAAGGGCGCGGCGCUGAAGUACAUCCCCACCAUCGUCAACGACGUGAAGCUGGUCUUUGAUCCCAAGGAGCUCAGUAAGCUGUUCACGGAAUUCAUCCAGAAGGUUCCCCAGGGCCGGCUGGUGAAACAGAAGCUGGAGUGUCUGAUCGACAUCGUCCACAGCGACCUCUUCACCCAGCACGACUGCCGGGAGCUGCUCUUACCCCUGAUGACGGAGCAGCUGAAGAGCCACCUGGAGGCCCAGGAGGAGCUGCAGGCCUGCUGCCAGCUGCUCAGCGACAUCCUGGAGGUUCUGUACCGCACCGACGUGGGCCCCACGCAGUGGCACGUCCAGAUCAUCAUGGAGAAGCUGCUGAGGACGGUGAACAGGACGGUGAUCUCCAUGGGUCGCGACUCUCCCCACAUUGGCGGCUUCGUGGCCAGCAUGACGGCCACGCUGAGGCAGAUGGAAGACUACCACUACGCCCACCUGAUCAACACCUUCGGCAAGAUGAGGAGCGACGUGGUGGAUUUCCUCAUGGAAACAUUCAUCAUGUUCAAAGAUCUCAUCGGGAAGAACGUCUACCCUACGGACUGGGUCAUCAUGAACAUGAUGCAGAACAAAGUGUUCCUGCGGGCCAUCAACCAGUACGCGGCCGUGCUGAACAAGAAGUUCCUGGACCAGACCAACUUUGAACUGCAGCUGUGGAACAACUACUUCCAUCUGGCCGUGGCAUACCUCACCCAGGAGUCCCUGCAGCUGGAGAACUUCUCCAGCGACAAGAGAGCCAAGAUCUUCCACAAGUACCAGGACAUGAGGCGACAGAUCGGCUUUGAAAUCCGGGAUAUGUGGUAUAAUCUGGGUCCCCACAAGAUCAAGUUCAUCCCUGAGAUGGUGGGGCCCAUCCUGGAGAUGACGCUGAUCCCGGAGGUGGAGCUCCGCAAGGCGACCGUCCCCAUCUUCUUCGACAUGAUGCAGUGCGAGUUCCACUUCACCUGCAGCUUCCAGAGGUUUGAGAGUGAGAUCAUCACCAAGCUGGACCACGAGGUUGAGGGUGGCCGUGGCGACGAGCAGUACAAGCUGCUCUUCCAGAAGAUCCUGCUGGAGCACUGCAGGAAGCACAAGUACCUGGCCAAGUCGGGGGCAGACUUCGUGGGCCUGGUGGUCCGGCUCCUGGAGCGGCUGCUGGACUACAGGACCAUCAUGCACGACGAGAACAAGGAGAACCGCAUGAGCUGCACCGUCAACGUGCUGAACUUCUACAAGGAGAUCGAGAGAGAGGAGAUGUACAUCAGGUACCUGUACAAGCUGUGCGACCUCCACAAAGAGUGUGACAACUACACCGAGGCGGCAUUCACCCUGCUGCUGCACGCCAAGCUGCUCAAGUGGUCGGAGGAGGCGUGUGCGGCCCACCUGACCCAGAGAGACGGCUACCACGCGUCCACUCAGGGCCAGCUGAAGGACCAGCUGUACCAGCAGAUCAUCAAUUACUUCGACAAGGGCAAGAUGUGGGAGGAAGCCAUCAUCCUGGGCAAGGAGUUGGCGGAGCAGUACGAGAACGAGAUGUUUGACUUCGAGCAGCUCAGCGCAUCCCUGAGGAAGCAGGCCCAGUUCUAUGAGAACAUCGUGAAGGUGAUUCGGCCCAAGCUGGACUACUUCGCCAUGGGCUACUACGGGAUGGGCUUCCCCUCCUUCCUACGGAACAAGAUGUUCAUCUACCGGGGGAAGGAGUACGAGCGGCGUGAGGACUUUGAGGCCCGUGUGCUGACCCAGUUUCCCAACGCCGAGAAGAUGAAGACCACCACGCCGCCUAGCGAGGACAUCAAGGCGUCCUCCGGCCAGUACAUCCAGUGUUUCACCGUGAAGCCCAUUCUGGACCUUCCUGCCAAGUUCCAGAACAAGGCCGUCUCUGAGCAGAUCGUGAGGUAAGGUUUUCUCUCUC